UAUUAGCCAAGAUAACAAACUGAUAUGCUCAACGAAAGCGGUGAUGUUUUGGAGGAGCGCGUCACUGCUGUGAAGUAUUUGGCAAAUCACAACGGAUGUGAAAGAGAGAUUUCGUCUAUUUGAGACAUUUAUUGAAAUUACUCAUGUUGCUGUUGACCUGUAUAGACUCAAACGUCUUGAAUGAGUCGACCUCGUUAUCAUUCAAGACCAUAUGUUGAGAAGACCAAGCGAAGGGAAAAGAAAACGAGUUUCGGAGGCUGUCUGGACCGGAGGACGAGGCUUUUAGCUAGUAGUAACUCACAGCUGUAGUGCCUGGAAGGAUAUACACACACUGUAACUUACAUCGUUUACAGCCAGGAGUACGAACCGAGGAUAAUCUGGCCGAGGAUAACCUUGUCAAUCUCCUGGCGUCGAUAAGAAAACACGUUAGUUGGCUCGUGCGAAGAUAACACCUGACCACAACAACACUGCAACAUUGGACAAAACUGUCACCUCACAAAUAGACAGUAAAAGUGAAAGGAGUGGUCCAGCCGCCGUCCAGUGUUUUUAGGAUGAACCACCUAUCUCUUAGCGAGCUAUGCUGCCUGUUUUGCUGUCCACCGUGCCCCAGCAAGAUUGCCUCAAAGCUGGCGUUCCUGCCUCCAGAGCCCACCUACAGCCUCAUGUGUGAUGAGAGUGGCAGCCGAUGGACACUGCACCUCUCUGAGCGUGCUGACUGGCAGUACUCAGCUCGUGAGAAGGACGCCAUUGAGUGUUUCAUGACACGUACCUCAAGAGGGAACCGUAUUGCCUGCAUGUUUGUUCGUUGCUCGCCCAGCGCUCGCUACACACUGCUAUUCUCUCAUGGAAAUGCAGUGGACCUGGGCCAGAUGAGCAGCUUCUACAUCGGUCUGGGAUCUCGGAUCAACUGCAAUGUCUUCUCCUAUGACUACUCGGGUUACGGGGCCAGUUCUGGGAAACCCUCGGAGAAAAACCUAUAUGCUGAUGUAGAUGCUGCCUGGCAGGCACUUCGGUCGCGGUAUGGCAUUCGGCCAGAGAACGUGAUUGUGUACGGACAGAGCAUUGGCACUGUGCCCUCUGUGGACCUCGCUUCUCGCUAUGAGAGUGCUGCAGUCAUCCUCCACUCCCCACUCACGUCUGGCAUGCGAGUGGCCUUCCCUGACACUAAGAAGACCUACUGCUUUGACGCCUUCCCAAAUAUCGACAAGAUUUCCAAAGUCACAUCACCAGUUCUGGUUAUCCACGGUACAGAGGAUGAGGUCAUUGACUUCUCCCACGGCUUGGCACUGUACGAACGCUGCCAGCGUCCUGUGGAACCGCUCUGGGUGGAAGGUGCCGGACACAAUGAUGUGGAGCUCUACGGACAGUACCUGGAGAGACUUAAACAGUUUGUUGCACAUGAGCUGGUCAACUUGUAAAGGAGCUAAAGAAGACAGGGGAAGAAGAGAUGGAAGCAGUGGUUUUACAAGUUUGAAAUGUGGAAUUUUUUUUUCUCAUGAAGUGAUGCAGGUAGAUUUUCUUUUCAGUGUAGUACUGAAUUUAUGGUGGCAGACUUUUAUAUCAAAGACCUCUCCCUCUUGAAACCCAGUUCACUCCAAACAAGGGUGCACAUGUACCAUCCAUUCCAUAUGCUGCAGCUGUGAACUUAGAAAUUCACAUCAUGUAGAACCCAUAAUGUUGUUUUGCUUUUGUUUUUUGUUGUUGUUUUUUUUUUUUUUUUUUUUUUGUAUUUUAAAACUUGCACAGUGUGGCAGUGUGUGGGUGAAAGUGGAGCUAGACACCAACUACACAAUCAAAAAUAACCAUAAAUAGCUGAUGAGAGAGUAUGAGUGUGAACAUCACAUUUUGCUGCCUUUGAGAAGAACCUGGUCCACAUCUGUCGUCGAGGUCUUGAACCUGGUGUUAUGAAAAAAGGCCUUGCUAUAAACUGUACCACAGCAGUGUGGACUAGACUUUCUUGAAUCCAACUAAACUGCAUCUGACAUUGUGGUCAGGUUUGGUCCUAUACACUGCAGUCAUCAUGAUUAUUAUUAUUAUUAUUUUUUUAUUAUUAUGGUUUAUACAUUUUUAGUAUUAAACAUGUCGCUGCACGCAUCAGCUGUUGUUGAGAAAGUGUAUGAGAUGAAUUGACGUUAUUUAGCUGUUCCUGUGCCAAAUGUUUGAUAUAAUACAGUUGAGGUCGCGGUUUUUGCAUACGACUUGGCUUCAAACUCAGGUUUUCAGUUUUCUAAACAUUUCUUUUUAGUGUGUAUUUCAUCUGUUUAUUAAUUUAACCCAACUACUAUUUUGGUGAUGGAGAGAAUUUUCCAUUUGUGCUUUCAUUAUCAUAUUCUCUUGUUUUUUUUUUCCUCCCCCAUGAUAAUACCAGAAGUUGGGUCUGAAGGGAGAGUAAAGUACAGCUGCAGGUAGACUCCCAUUUUAGUCCAAAUUAGACAAUCUGAUAGAAUCAUGAUUUCAGAAAUUUCAGAAGGAUUUCUGGUUGUUUCUAGACACAAACCUGGUAAACGCUUUGGCCUUGAUGAUGAACACAAGCUAGAAUUACAAAUUAUGUCUCUUAUUCUGAAAUUUCAUAUCUUCAAAAUAAUGUAGUUUGAUUAAAUGAACUAAUAUUUAGAAUAUACUUAUAUGAAGAUGGAAAUAUAUUCAGAAAAACUGAGUUUGACAUCAGUGUUUGACAAACAUGUAACCUCAACUGUAUGCUGAAGAUACUUGGAUAUACAAAGAAGUGUACUUUGUAUAAAUAGCAAAUAGAAAAUAUCUCAAAAUGGUACAAAUUCAUGUUACAAUCCACCAGACUAUGAUGCAAGAAGGGGCUCGGUUUGCAGCUCAUGUAGCCAGUUAAGAGGCUGAGGCUGUAAUGUACUGUUGACCAACUAAGUGUGAGUGCAUUUUCCUCACACUGUGGCUUUGAAAAUGUUUACCUUUUUAAGUAUUGUUGCUAUUAGAUCAGCAUCCCUAGUCUGUAGUUGAUGAGAUUUUCAGAAAAUGUAAUGCUGGACAGAUUUAUGGAUAAAUGAUAAUGGGUUUGAAAGUAUUUGCCUUGAUACAGUAACUACAAGCCCAGGUUUGAUGGUGUUUUUUCUGACUUUGGGCUUUAAAGAUAUGAAGUUAAAUAUAGUGUUUAGUUAUCACAUUAACUUUCUUAUGUACCCAUAUCAGAGAUUUCUAGAUACAAGUUUUUAUAUGGAAAAAAAAAAAGUAAACUACUGUGACAGCAGCUAAUGGUCUACACUCUGAUCAAGACUUAUACCACUAAUGCCAAUCAGGACUGAAUGGUGCACAUGUAUAUUUUCAGUUCAAUUAGGUGUUGAAAUGAAACAUGUAUUUUAAAUUAUUAUGAGGAAGCUACUAUUAUUAAGAAGUAAGCAGUUACAACUACUUUGGUAUCCUUGAGCUUAAAAUGAGUGGCAGCCAACCCUGAUGGAGGCUCAGCAUGUAUACAGAGACACUGGUUAGAACACAACGGUGGCACAGCAUUAAAGGCCUCUGUCAGCAAGAUAAUGUUUUGUUUUUGUCUUAACUUUAUCUAAUUGUCUGCAUGGAAUAUCUGGAUCCAUUGUUGUCUGUUGAUUUGCCCUUUAAUGCUGAGAGAAGAAAAGCAUUAGCCAGCUGCAGACAUUGUACUGACCACUCCAUUGGCUCCAACAGGGCCCUGAAAAGCAAAUGUCAAACUGCUACUGCAUGCCAUGAAUGGCUAGUUUUUUUUUCCUUUUUGGCCUGUAUAACAAUCUUAAUCUCAGAUGUCUAUGAAUAAUUUUCUUACAUAUAAAAAUAUUAUUUAACUUGCAUAUAUAGGUAUGAUUAAUACCUAAUUAUACUUGAGCCUGUAUUUGUAAAAGGGGUCAAAUAAUAUUGUUAAAUGACAAUUAUCCAUGAAACCAAUGGGUGCUACUGUAAACCUUCAGGUCUGAUUCCUUACAGGUUGAGAGGAAGCAACAAUAGCUGGAUGUUUGUCAGAUGGGUCGCAAUCCAUCAGAAUUAAUAAAUGUAUUGUCUGUCACGUAAUGGUCUGUUGCAACGUCACUUCUUCUUUCUGUCUUAAAAAAAGGUUAUGUUUUCAGAUUUUUAAUCUGUAAAUAAUAUUUGUACUGGACAUGUCACUUUGGGUUUUCCUUCACAGACUCCUAUCAUCUCUCCACUGUUCUUACUUUUUGAACUGUUGAUAUGACAACUAGUAGACCAAGGUAGGCCACUGUUUUGGCUUCACAGAUGACCUUUACACAGGUCACUUUAACUAAUGUCAUCUCUGAUUUGAUUACAGUUUUGUAAAGCAUAUUUCAAUACAGAAGGAACUUAUAUGUUAUAACAAUAUUAAUUAUAGUACUUUAACAUGGAUAGAGAAAAUAAAAUAUAAGCAAU